AUUAAGGAACAAGAAAAACUAGGUUUGAUAGAAAAAAUAGAAAAUUUAGAAGCAUUUUGUUCUCAGCAUCCUGAAUAUAGCUUCCUACCUAAUAUGGGAAUAUUCAAUUUAGAUAGGGACACCACUAAAUGUAGAAUAGUUUUCCUAUCAAAUUUAUGUGAAAAUAGUUCAAAGAGUAAUCCUGUUAUAAGUCACAAUCAAGCCAUGUGGGCUGGACCUUGUCUUAAUCAGAAGAUCUCUACUUCUUUGUUUCAAAUUAGAUUCGAUAAAUAUUUGAUGUGCUUUGACUUGAAAAAGGCAUUCCAACAAAUUGCUUUAGAGGAAACUGAUCAGAACAAACUUUUGUUUUUCUGGUUUAAAAACCUUAACAUGGGAGACUUCACUUGUAUUGCUUAUCGAAAUCUCAGACUUAGCUUUGGUUUACGAUGUAGCCCAACAAUACUAAUGGUAGGCUUAUUUAAAAUUUUGAUUCUGGAUGCAAGAGUUGACCCAAUUGAAUUGAGGAACUUAAAGAAAUUAAUUUAUUCAUUAUUAUACAUGGAUAAUGGCGCAUUUACUGCUAAUGAUCAAGAAUCAUUAAGAUGGGGUUUUCAAAAAUUGAAUGAAAUUUUUCACCCUUAUAAGUUUGCUCUGCAGCAAUUUGUUACUAAUGAUGAAACCUUGCAAAGUGAUAUUGAUCAUAAAUUAGAAAUAGAGACUCCAAAAGUAGUAAAACUCUUCGGACUCAAUUGGGAUAGAAUCACAGACAAGAUUUCAACUUGUAAACUGAAGUUGGAUCCAGAGGCUGAUAAUAAAAGGUUGGUUUUGAAAAGCAUUGCUUUGAAUUUUGAUCCAUACAAUUUUAAUGGACCUAUUUUAAAUAGAGCUCGCUUAUUCAUGCAUAGUCUACAGACUGACAAGUCUCUCAGUUGGGAUAAAAAGUUAUCCUAUAGGCAACAAAAGGAAUGGAAUAAUAUUUGCAAACAAGUAAAUGCUACGCCAGAAAUUGAAAUCCAAAGAUUUGUAGGUGAAAGAAAUAGUUCAUACAGGCUAAUAGCUUUUACAGAUAGCAGUAAAUCUAUUUAUGGCACUACUGUUUUUAUCCAGGAUAUUUCGACGCUAGAAGUAAACUUUGUUCUUGCUAAAAAUAGGUUAGUGAACAGACAAUUAGAGAAUAAAAGCAUUCCUUCACUAGAAUUGCAAGCCGUUGUUUUGGGGACAGAAACCUUAACUGAUUUAUGUCAGGAGAUAACGGGCCCACAAUGUCCAACACCCAUUAAAAUUACAGAAUUGGUUUUGUAUACCGAUAGUAUGGUUUCUUUAAGUUGGAUCAAUGGGUACGUUAAUACACUGGAUAAAAUGAACAAGAAAAGUGUAUUUAUAUUGAACAGGUUAGAGCUCCUUCAGAGGCUUUGUAAUAAGCACCCUGUUAAGUUUAGUUUCAUAAGUGGAAUACUAAAUCCAGCUGAUUGUAUCACUAGGUGCAUAUCCUAUAAGGUACUCAAAAGAACUAAUUACUUUUCAGGGCCAAAAUUUCUAAGAACAGAAAUUAGUGAAGAAAUUGGAAAUAAUGAUAAUUUUGAUGUAAUAGUUCCUAAUCCUAUGGCAGGUCAAAAAGUAACAAACUACUCACUAAAUACUUCUGACACAACUAAUGUUUCCCUUUCAAUUCAAAGUGAGCAUUUAAUUGAUUUGAAUGAAGUGUCCAAAUUUUCAAAGUUAAACAAGAUUCAUAUGCUUGUUCUAAAAUUUAUAUGGAAUUUGAAAGAGCGAAUUAGAGCCAGAAAGAAUUUAAGCUCAGACUCAAGACCCAAUCUUUACUUGAAAGCUUUUAACAUUGUUAUUAAAAAAUAACAGAGCAUUUGCUACCCAGAAGUUUGUCGUUAUUUUGAGGGUAACAGUAAGAAUGUCAAAGAUAUUCCAAAUAUCGUUUUGCAACUUAAUGUUUAUAGAGAUAACUGUUCAAUUUUAAGGGUUAGAAGUAAAGUGGGUAAGUGGAAACCUGAUAAACUCGUGCACUUUCCUAUCCUAUUGCAUAAGAAAAGUAGGUUAACUAAGCUUAUCAUAGAAGAUUUGCAUGAAAAAAUGUUGCAUUCUGGCUUGUAUGCAGUACUGUCUGAAAUGCAUAAAAGGUUUUGGAUUCCUCAGUAUUUUUCUGCAGUGAAAAAGGUAAUUAAGGAAUGUGUUUUGUGCAAGAAAACUACAGCUAGGACGAUAAAAACGAAUCAGAACGCAUACAGAGAUUUUAGGAUAGAUCCUCCCUCAGUACCAUUUAGGUAUGUGUUUGUUGAUCAUUUUGGACCUUUCAAUAUAAAAAUUCAUGGUAAAAAUUCCAAAGUUUGGAUUUUGUGCUUAUCUUGUCUUUGGUCUAGGGCCAUUAAUUUGAAAAUUUGUGAUUAUUUAACUACAAAGGAAUAUUUGAGAUCCCUUCAACUUCAUUGUUUUCAAUAUGGAAUUCCAGAGUUGAUUUUGUCAGAUCUUGGUUCACAAUUGGUUGCUGGUGGGAAUAUUGUAGCAGACUUUUUGAACGAUCCUGAACUUCAAAGUUACUUUGAUGAAAAUAACAUUAAAAGGUUAAGGUUUGAACAAUAUCCAAAGGGAUGUAAAAAAUUGGGUGGCCUUGUAGAAAUUUGUGUUAAAAUGUGUAAAAAACUGAUUCAUAGUGCUGUCAAGAAUUAUGUUUUAGAAUACAGGGAAUUUGAAUUUAUUAUUGAACAAGCUGUUCACCUAAUUAAUAGACGUCCUAUAGCUUUCAAGGAAAGCUUAAGAGAUGCUCUUGAUGUACCAGAGGCUAUCACACCAGAAAUGUUGAUACAUGGAUAUAGUUUGGCUUCCAUUAACAUCAUUCCAAAUUUACAACUUUCAGAAGGAGACUUGGAAUGGAGCAUUGAUAAUCCUGUAGAUGAGAUCAGAAAUAAAUACCAUAAACUCCUAAAAGUGAAAAGUAACUUGAUUGAAAAAUAUAAUUUUGAAUUUUUAACUAAUUUGAUAUAUCAAGCAACUAAUGAGAAAAGUCGUUAUAAACCUGUGGAUCAUAAAAAACCUGAAAUUGGAGACAUUGUACUGAUUAAGGAAACUAAUACGAAGCCUUCUAAUUAUCCGAUGGCUGUUGUAAAGAAAAUUAAAAUUAAUGAGUUGGAUGAAGUUUCUGAAGUAGAACUUCUUAAGGGUGGUUCCAGAGAAUUGGUAAGAAGACAUGUCGUCAAUAAUUCCACUCUUGAAACCGAAUACUGUUACCUUGGAUAAUGACAGUUCUGAUAUACUCUCAAAUAAGGAUAGCUCUGAAGAAGUCUUUGGGAAAAGACCACAAAGAAAAACGGCCCUUGCGAGUAUACAGAAGACCAAAUUUAUGUUAAAAGAUGAAAAUUAAUUGUUUAAAUUUGUUGAACUGAAUAUUUGAAGCUUUUUUCAAAAUUGUAUAAGGUAUGAUUUGUUUAUGGUUUACUUUAUUGAUUUACUUAGUUUGAUUUAUUCAAAUUCUUUGAAUUUGAAUCCCUUGUUUGGAGUGUUUAAGAUUUUAUAGAAAAUUUAUUUAUUAUUUGCAUAUUAAAGUAGUCCUUUAAACCCCCGUGCCAUACUAAACAAAUUCUAAAAGGAACAUGGGAGUUUAAAGGAUUGCGCAACACCUAGAUGGCUCUGCUGGCUCUUUUACCUGUUUCAGUUCGUCCUCCUCAUCCUUGAUUUUUUAUGGAAGGACGACGGCCUUUGCAUUUCGCGAUUCUUGGAGGAGGAAAAAAUGUCUACCUCGACCCGCAACGAAGCAGAAAAAGCAGUUCAAGCUCAGGUUCCAACUUGGAACCACUGGAUAACAUUUGAAGAUAACUGGUGAACUCUACUCCCUCGCAAGAGAAUACAUUAUAUAUUGAAGAAUCCUCUACAUUAACUAUGUAACGUUUCUUGCCGACCCACCUGUCUCUGCCUCUUCCGUCGUCGUCUUUGAAGCCAACGUCAUCAACACUUCUAUGGAGUCAAUGGUUGAACCUUUCCUGCCCAAAUCCAUAGGUUUUCAAAAAUUUCCAUGAGUGAAGGUCUUUCCACCACAAGCAAUAGUUUUCUAUUUAUGAUUAGCGAUUGGGAACAGGACUUCAGCCAUCGGAGUUGUAUCUAU